UACCCUUUCCCCUCCGUUGCGCCGGCAGUCACCAUCUUUGCGCUCGCCGUGUAGUGUCUCGUUCGAAUCUUCAUUCAACUCUUUCAAGAUGCGUGAGAUAGUGCACAUUCAGGCUGGCCAGUGCGGAAAUCAGAUCGGAGCGAAGUUUUGGGAGGUUAUCUCGGAUGAACAUGGCAUCGACCCCACCGGAACUUACCAUGGAGAUUCGGACCUUCAGUUAGAACGAAUCAAUGUGUACUACAAUGAAGCCUCUGGAGGUAAAUACGUGCCUCGUGCCAUUCUGGUGGACUUGGAACCUGGCACCAUGGACUCUGUACGGUCUGGGCCAUUUGGACAGCUCUUCCGGCCCGACAACUUUGUGUUCGGCCAGAGUGGCGCCGGCAACAACUGGGCAAAGGGUCACUACACUGAAGGUGCCGAAUUGGUGGACUCUGUUCUUGAUGUUGUUCGCAAGGAAGCAGAAAGCUGUGACUGCCUGCAAGGAUUUCAGCUUACCCAUUCUCUGGGUGGUGGUACUGGAUCCGGCAUGGGUACACUUCUCAUCUCCAAAAUUCGGGAAGAGUAUCCUGAUCGCAUCAUGAACACGUUCAGUGUUGUGCCCUCGCCAAAGGUUUCAGACACUGUUGUUGAACCCUACAAUGCCACCCUUUCUGUGCACCAGCUGGUAGAGAACACUGAUGAAACCUACUGCAUUGAUAAUGAGGCUCUCUAUGACAUUUGCUUCAGAACCCUCAAACUCACCACUCCAACCUAUGGAGAUCUCAACCACCUAGUUUCAGCAACAAUGUCUGGUGUUACAACUUGUCUGAGGUUCCCGGGCCAGCUCAAUGCUGACUUGCGCAAACUCGCUGUGAACAUGGUGCCCUUCCCACGUCUCCACUUCUUCAUGCCUGGCUUCGCACCACUGACGUCGCGAGGAAGCCAGCAGUACAGAGCGCUGACUGUGCCAGAAUUGACACAGCAGAUGUUCGAUGCAAAGAACAUGAUGGCUGCCUGUGAUCCGCGCCACGGCCGCUACCUCACAGUUGCUGCAGUAUUUAGGGGCCGCAUGAGCAUGCGGGAAGUUGAUGAGCAGAUGCUCAAUGUGCAGAACAAGAAUUCCAGCUUUUUUGUUGAGUGGAUCCCCAACAAUGUCAAGACUGCAGUGUGCGACAUUCCACCCCGCGGCCUCAAGAUGUCUGCAACAUUCAUCGGCAACAGCACUGCCAUCCAGGAGCUGUUCAAGAGAAUCUCUGAGCAAUUCACUGCCAUGUUCAGGCGCAAGGCUUUCCUUCACUGGUACACUGGAGAAGGCAUGGAUGAGAUGGAGUUCACGGAGGCAGAGUCGAACAUGAAUGACCUGGUUUCAGAGUAUCAGCAGUACCAGGAGGCGACAGCUGAUGAGGAGGGAGAAUUUGAAGAUGAAGAGGAGGCCCAAGCAGAAGCCUAAGCAUGCAGAUUUUUUUUUUGUCAGAGUUGAUUUUUUUUUCUUUGCUGGAACAAUAAAGUUUUUAUUUAACAUUGUUCCUCA